CGUGUCUCGUUAGAACAGCUGGUGAGCGCUGGUGUGAGCGUAUCCCAGCGAUCGGUUGCUCAAUGGGGAAAACAACAACACGCUAAGCACCAUGAGGGUCCCCGAAACACUGUUUUGGACCGCUUUUCUCAUCCAGAAGGUGGUGGCAGAGUACGGCAUGGCCCACUUCAGUGACGAGGGCAAGAGCAGAGGGAAGGAUUACUGCAUAUUCUUCAACUCGCAGUGGGCACGUCUACCGCAGGACCUCAACAAGGCAUCGCGUCUUCAGAUCUAUGACCUCACCACGUCGGUGCUGUGCUCGCCCUCUGACGUCCCGGAGGGAGGCUUCCCUAAUCUCAUCCCCAUGGUGAUGAGGGGCAACUGCACCUUUUAUGAAAAGGUCAGACUGGCCCAGAUUAACGGCGCAAAGGCCCUGCUCAUCGUCAGCAAGGACAGACUGACACCACCAGCGGGAAACAAGACCCAGUAUGAGGAGAUUGAUAUUCCAGUAGCACUGCUCAGCUACUCUGAUAUGCUGGACAUAGGCAAGACCUUCGGCAAAGGAAGACUCGUCGCCAUGUACGCGCCCAACGAGCCGGUGUUGGACUACAACAUGGUGAUCAUCUUUUUGAUGGCAGUGGGGACAGUGGCCGUCGGAGGCUACUGGGCCGGCAGCCGAGACAGCAAGAAACGCUACAUGAAGCACAAGCGGGACGACGGCGCGGAGAAGCAGGACGAGGAGACGGUGGACGUCACGCCCAUCAUGAUCUGUGUGUUCGUGGUCAUGUGCUGCAGCAUGCUGGUGCUGCUCUACUUCUUCUACGACCACCUGGCCAUCUGGGUCAUAGCCAUCUUCUGUCUGGCCUCCUCCGUCGGCCUCCACAGCUGCCUGUGGCCCUUCGUCAGGAGACUCCCUUUCUGCAAGUGCAGGGUCCCAGAGAACAACUUGCCGUACUUCCACACGCGGCCACAGGUCCGCAUGCUGCUGCUGUCGGCCCUCUGCGUCGCCGUCAGCGGCACCUGGAUGGUGUUUCGCAAUGAAGACCAGUGGGCGUGGGUGUUGCAGGACACCCUGGGGAUCGCCUUCUGUCUCUACAUGCUCAAAACGGUCAGGCUCCCCACAUUUAAGGCCUGCACCCUGUUACUGUCGGUGCUGUUUGUCUACGACGUUUUCUUCGUGUUCAUUACACCGUUCUUGACAAAGAGUGGUGAAAGUAUAAUGGUGGAGGUAGCGGCUGGUCCCUCGGACUCCUACGCGCAUGAAAAGCUCCCCAUGGUGCUCAAAGUGCCGAGGUUAAACUUCUCCCCACUGUCCCUCUGCGACCGGCCCUUCUCCCUCCUGGGCUUUGGCGAUGUCUUGGUACCAGGUCUGCUGGUGGUGUACUGUCACAGGUUCGACAUUUUGACACAGUCCUCCAGGAUCUACUUUGUGGCCUGUACCAUCGCUUAUGGCAUCGGCCUCCUGAUCACCUUCGUGGCGCUGGCCGUGAUGCAGAUGGGGCAGCCGGCCUUGCUCUACCUGGUGCCCUGCACCCUGCUCACCAGCCUCGCUGUGGCGCUGUGGCGCAGGGAGUUGCCCCAGUUCUGGACUGGAAGUGGAUUUGUGCCUCCCAUAGUGCUCACACCGAUCAACUGUACACAAACUGCAACGCCGCAGACAGAGGAUCACUUGACAAGAUCGGAGAAAGAAGACACAGAAGACGACACCCGGACACCCCCGGAAAGGAAAGCGGAAGCGGAGAACAAAUCUAACUGAGAGCACGUUUAGUACAGCAUAUUACAUUUCAUUCAUUGUAUUUUGUUGUGUGUUUGUUUGUUUUUUUGUUUCCCCCCCCCCCCCCUGUUGCGUCUCAUUCAACGGGCAUUUUUGAGGUACAGAUGUCUAUGUGCACUUGGUGUGAAGGGAAUAGAGGAGAUCUGUGCUCUGAGUGGCUGGGCCAGCAGGGCGCCAGGACUUCACCCUCGAGGUCGAGGCAGUGAAACUGACAACACAUCAAGAACACAACCUGGACCUCAGCCCCGACACAAACAGUCAGGGCCAGAAGGAUUUGGCCGGUGACGACAGGUUUAAAAAAAAAAAAAAAUUGGCCCAACUUCAAAUGAUUUGAACUGAAGCCGUAAAUAUCGGGUCGAAGUGUAGGCUUUAAUCAGCUUUAAUUCAAUGGAUGUAACAAAAACUAUCCCCAAUUCCAGGGGCCUAAGUAGAAGUGACGCUCUGGAACACGGUGUGACCGUCCAAAUACUUGUGGCCCUGACUGUUACCGGGUCUGUUCCACCUUUUAAGGGAAUGAAAAGCCAAAUAUGGAAGCUACACAAGCUUUUUUUUAAACGAAAUACUCUGAGCAGCUUUAAAGGCCCGGUCACACCAGCGUUUAAAUAAAGCUGCAUUUAUAUCAGCAAAACCAAUUUGUCGGUGCAGUAAGUUGAUUUCUUCGGAGGCAAAGUAAAUUCACUUUUCUUUUUUAACAGCACCAAUGAUAACCUUACUUAACUUGAGAGAUCAAACGCUUCACUAAAGGAGAAGAUUAACAGAAUUGAAUGAGAAUAUGAAUUGCUUCAUUUAAUAAGGGACGGUGCACAUUAACAAAAAAUUGCUGUAAAUGUGCUAGUUAGCCCAAAGGCUAUUUUUCAUCUGUAGUCCCAAGAGGCUGAUUUACACGAGUCAACAAUACAAACAAAAGCUUCUUUCACUGUUUAAUAAAUGCAUCCGAUGAAAUGAGGUACUGAGAAAAUGUCCAGCGGAAGCACGGAGAUCAUUUGUGUCAGAUAUUUUGUUCUGAGGAAAGGCCUCUGCAUUUUUUUUUACCAUGCGCACACACACUCAUGUUCCUCCCUCCCAUGACACUAAACUAGUGUCACAGUAUAAAGUACAGGGGGGGGGGUGGCAGGAGUUUCUUUCCAUUUUACUUUUAAACAGAAGGACUGUGUUUUUUUUAUACCUUGUGUUAUAUUUUCUUUUGCAUGCUAUAAUUUGAAUUGAAUCUGUUGUAUAAUCUGGUGCGACAGUUAAAAUGUUGGUUCUCCCCAGUAGUUGUUUUUUUCAUGUCUUCAAGUUGGUUUCAGCCUUACUGUGUUCACGUAGAAUUAUGUGAAGUGUAAAAAGUGGCUUUAAAAGAGGACCAAACUCUAAAAAGGAAGCGGUGUUGUAGUUUAAUGUACGAGUUGAGCGAGGGACGAGUUGCGCUCCUUGAUUAGUUUAUACGAAACAUUUGCAUCCUUUAAUUCACGUCUGCAGAUGUUUACGUGUACGCAACGGGUUCAACUUUAAAGAAAAGGAAACCAAGGUAUCAAUGGAUCAUAUAUUCACCAUGUUUUUGCUAUGAAAGUCCACUUCUGACCUCAGGGUUUCAUCUUAAGUCACCAGAGGUCAGCAAGCACUUUUCUCUGUGAGCCAGACGUAUUUCUGAUUUCACACUCGUAUACGAUGCCUAUUAACCGAGUUCAACAUUCCUGUGUAGAGGUUGAGGUCAAAUGUAAAGAAAAAGAAACUUGUUCUGAGGUGACGCGAGAGCAGCCGAGUUGUCUGGAUGUUUUCCAGGACAUGAGAUUAUCCGUUCACCAGUAUCAUUUGUCCACAAAGCGGUUUUCACGCCACUGUUGUGGAAUAAAUAUAAUAAAAAGGAACAUUGUAUUUAA